CUGGGAGGGUUGACUGCUUAGCUUCCGCUCUUUGUUGAUGGUGUCAUUCCUCCUUCCAGGUUUUAACUGAAGGAAUGGUGCAAGGAGAAUUGUAGGAACCAUUUGAUUUUCAGUCCAGAGAGGCGUAAGCAGUUGAAAGGAACCCACAAUGAUAGCAAAGAUUUUACUCCUUUGCAGUACAAUAGGAUUGGCACACUCAGAGAGACACUCAAGAUAUCCUGGGUAUCACCAUCAUAAGCAACGGGAGCAAAAUCACAGGACACCAACAAACCCACAACCAUCUUCUAUGCCUGAGGGAUACUGGCAAACAGAGCUUGUUGGAGAGGAAACCCUGAAUCAAGCUUCUACCAUUGUGAUAGAGACGGACGAUUAUGACAUUGGAAACCAUCAAUCCAGAAAGAACUGGUGCUCCUUCAUUCAGUCCCGGCUGGUCACAUAUGCAGCUGCUUGUAAGACAGAGAAGUAUGUCAUUAAGUCACAGCAACCGUGUCCAAAUGGGACUCCAGAAUGCCAGAAGAUCAUGUACAGAGUGGCUUUGAAACCAGUCUACCAGAUAAAACAAAAAGUCAUCACCUCUUUGCACUGGAAGUGCUGCUCUGGCUACAUUGGCAAGAACUGUGAAUACCACGAGCCUAAUUUUCUUCAAGAGCCCACCAAACAGCCGGGAGGCUGGGAGGAAAAAAGAGAAGCAUUCUCAAGCCAAAGAGAAGCUCUAGAAGUCCAUCAGAGCCACGAAGCUGUGUUGGCGGACCUGCAGAAUGAUAUUCAUCAGGCAACAAGCAACUUGGGAAGCUUACAGAACGCGCUUCAGCCUAACAUCAAUAGCACAAGUGGAGAAGAGAACCACAAACAAUCAGAUGCCCAGGAACAAUUCCUCCAGCGAGCACUUUUGCCCCACAUGGAGAGUUUCUUAAAGGAGCAUUUGAAUCCUGUCUGGACAAGCUUCAAUAAAAGUCUGCAGGAUCUUUCUAUUGCCCUGAAAAACCUUUCGCAGAAUGUUGCGGCCAAUCGGAAAAGCAUAGAGAGAUUCCAAGAAAGCACUGUGCCCAGGAAAGAUUUCCAAGAGCUGGGAACCAAGUUCGAAUCCAAAGUCCAAGCCAACGUCCUGAAGGUGGACCAGAUGAAGAGAGAGAUAGAGAGUCAUUUACACCUACACCAGGCGGCUAUCCACUACAACCUCACCAUGAUCAAAGCAGACACCGACAUGAAGCUCAAGAGACACCACAAAAUACAACACAUUUAUUGGUUGGCUUUAAACAGCAGCGUAACAGACAUUAGACAAGAGCAGAACAAGCGGCAAGAUGAGCUGGAGACCCUGAACAGAAACCUAGCGGGGCUGCUGAUACGAUUUGGAAGCCAAAAGGAGGUACUGGCUGAGACAGACGUUCAGUUCCUGAAUCGGACUCUGGCAGGCCACACUCAACAGCUAAAGUAUCUCUUUGAGGAAUUUGAUGAUUACAAAGAACUAACUGACAGAAUAGAGAGCUUAAGAAUCAGUUCACUGCAAGACAUAGGUGAGCUGAGAGUAGCUUUAAUGGAGAAGAGUCUUAUCAUAGAGGAAUACAGAGUAGAUCUGGAAAGGAAGAUUCUGGCUCUCAACAAUACUCUGGGAAACGUUCAAGAAAGCUACUGGGAACUGCAGAGUUCUAUGAAAGCAUGCCACUGUGAAAAUCUCCCUUCAGGCAUUGGCAUGGAAGACGAAGCGAACGCCACCAAGGUCAACAGAGAAGAAAUGAAGCAACUGGAGGCCCAUUUAAAAGAUCUUGCUGCGGCUUUCCCCCUUAUACAUCAGUCUCUAGAUUUCCAACAGGAACAGAGUAGGAAGCUGGAAGGCGGCAUGUCUCUGCUUAAGUCUCACACCGAGUCUUUGUCUGAAAAUAUUGGCAUCCUGAAAAGAAAUGAUGAGAAGAUGCAUGGGCACAUCAAGUAUCUCAACAGCUCCUUCAGCUCCCUGCUGGUAGAUGCAAUGAGACACGAGAGAGCGCUUGAGGCCUUGCUUGGAGAGGAAAUUAUGGAAGCCUUGUCUGAAGAUGACCCCGGGACUUCAUUGUCAUCGCUUCAGGUGAUGACUGUUGGAUUAAUCUCAGACAGCCUCCAGGAGCAAAAUUCGAAACUGGAAUCUCUGAUGAAGAGAAUUCGCUAUUUGGAGAUGGUUUACCAGAACAACCCCAACACUCAUAAGUCUCCAGAGCAUCCUGUCCCUGAGAAACAAGCAGAGGACACUGUGCAAGAGAUCAGCACCCAACAUGGUAGAGUGGAAGACAUGGAGCCAAACCAUGAAGCUGCUGUGGGGGAUGCUCUGGACAAUCCUGCAUAUCAUGAUCUCAUGACCUUAAAAAAAGAUAUUGGGAACCUCAGCAGGGAAAUGAAGAAAUACUCAUUGCAAUGGGACCACAUCUAUUCGUGCUGUAAUCAGACUAAGAUCGACCUAGUAGAAACACUCAGCAUUUCCAUGGGGAAUUUGAAAGAAGACCUUGAGUCAACCCAGCAAAGCUUUGAAGAACACCUUCAGAUCUUCCAAAAGCUCUUUGGAAGUCACAAAGAAUUAGCUGCUGCAAAUGUAACUUUGAAUGUUGCAAAGAUUCAGUCACUGAUGGGCAGAAUGAUGAGGAAGCAGCUGAAAGGUCAAAAAUUGAGAGACACAAAAGAUCCCAGUGACCAUAGAGAAGGUACCUUAAAUGGAAGAAACAAGAUACAUACAGAGAUCCUGGAGACAGGCACAGCUGUGGCAUUUUAUGUGAGAUAUCCAGACGAAAGAGAACAAGAGCCGAGCCCCAAUGGAACACAUCUUAACUAUGGUGACGGUUACUCUCCUGAACAAGGCUACUUCAAGACCCCUCAUAGUGGUGUUUACAUGGUGGCCAUCAGUGUGGAGCUCCCUCCAGGGCCCGCCCUGGGGCAAUUGGCUUUUAGCAAUGGACGCAGAAUGGCACUAACAGGCCAUAAGAAGAGAAAGGCAAAUGGAAGCUCCGUCACUACUUUUGCACUAGUGGAACUCAAGAAAGGGGAGCGAAUGUGGUUUGAACUGGUGCAGGGGGGUGCAGUGACACAGAACCCAGCUGGAUCAAGCAUGGCUGGAUUUUUGAUAGUCAAAACUUGAAAAGGGGCCACAAUAAAUGCAAUAAAUUAUACUUCCUGUAAGCACAGCAAAUUUACUAGUCUGAUUGAAGACACUGACGGUGAGUUUUUGUUGUGUGUGUAGUUCUGUCCUUGAUUUAGCUCAGUGCUGCUUUCUAGAAAUAUUUUGUUAGUUGCUUAGUAGUGUCACAACCACGAAGGUGAAAUGGAAUUCACUGUAUUUCUUCCACAUGCUGAAAAGAGUUGAUGAAUUGGAUUGUAGUGACUGGUCACAUCUUUGGUUCUGUUCUCCUUCCUCAGCCUCAAAAAUAGUCCCACCUCUCUAAUCCACAAUUGCCCAGCCAGGCUGUAGUUGAAGUGUUGUGUAAUGAUGACUGUACAUUAAAGCAUGCUAAAAUAUAUCACUUUAGGCUGCAGUACUAUACACUUUUAUCUUUAAGUCUCAUUGACCUCAAUAAGAUUUGCUUCUGAAUAGACAUGUAUGGCAUGACACCUUUGAUAAAUCUUCUCCUUUUACCCUAGGUUGUAGUUUGCUUGGCCAAUUUUAACAUUUCACUCAAGCACAGGAAUCAUAAAUACUUCCACUAAUGAGUGUUUACCCCCCCCCAAAAAAACUCAGCAUAGACAUCAAAUGGUAAUUUCUAGACCAGACAACUAUACAUGAUGAAAUGUAUAGGGCAUGAUUUGUAACUCAUUUCCAACAACGCAUAAGGAGAAAUCUUCGGUCUUGUGAAUAUACAUUUUGAAAUGAUCGACAUGUACUUUGAU